AUGUUAUUCCUUGUAUUACUAACUAGUUUCAUUCGCCAGAGCUGGAAUCUCGGUGUCGCGUUCUUGUGCUUUUGGCUCUUAUUGGACAAUCUAACUCUGGGCAUCAAUUCCAUCAUAUGGUCGGAUAAUGCAGACGUCAAGCUGUACGUGUAUUGCGAUAUCGUCUCGCAUAUGCAACUCAUCACUUUCACCGUCAAGCCCAUGGCAACCUUGAUCCUCACUCGUCGUCUGUAUCUCAUCACCACUCUACGUCGCGUGGAACUCUCCUGUAAGGCCACGGACCGUGCGGUCGAGUGGAUACUCGGGUUAGUGAUCCCUGUCCUCGUUGCAGGGCCUCUCUACUUUGUGGUUCAAGGGCUUCGAUUUCAGGUGGACGAGGCAGUCGGAUGCAGAAACUCUACCGAUGGCACUAUACUCAGCAUCUUACUCAUAUCUGCGCCAAGCGUGAUACCUCCCCUGAUGUCCAUCUUCGUGUACUAUCCGCAUAUCGUUUCAAUCUUGUAUAGCCACAGUCGGGAGCUUGACGGCUUUCUUCAGAGCAACAACUCGGUCUCGCGCACCAGCUACUUUCGCAUUCUGGCUCUGGCAAGCAUCGACCUGGUGCUUACGCUGCCUAUCGGCAUCGUGUCCAUCGUCUUGGAUGCAAUCGAGUCGUCGCAGAAUGGGCCCAUACCCUUCUAUAAUGGUUGGACGGACGAUCAUCAAGACUGGACGCCGAAGAGCUUCCCUUAUCCGGAGAUCGUGGCCCGAGGACCCUCCACGGUUGCCCUGGUCUACUUCGGCCAGUGGACUUCUCCCGUCCUCGCAUUCGUGAUAUUUGCCCUCUUGGGUGCCACGGAGGAAGCGUGCGCAUCAUAUCGCCGCAUUAUCUCCUUGUUUGGUGGCCGGUGUGGUUGGGGAUGGUCAUCACGAAUGCGCAUCGCACCCUCGCUUCCGAGGAACGUGGAGUCCGGUGAACUGGGUCUUGAAGAGCGCCGAAACUGCAUCGAUCCCGACAUUGGAGUGCUUGAUCAGGCCGCUGAGAGCGGGGCUACCAGAAGCGAUGUUAAAAGCGGCUCGGAUAAGGACGAGCUGCGAGAAGCACCGAGGUAUACCAGCAAUAUGACUCGGGCAGACGCAGAGCGUCAGGCAGGCUUCGAACAUGCCCCGGUAGAAAUAUAA